AUGAGAAUCGUGUUUAAUGGAGCUGCAAUAGCUCUAACUUUCUUGUCCCUCCUGUUACUCUCCCCAGUUACAUUCUCUGAGAAAUGCAACCCACAAGACAAGAAAGUUCUCCUCAGAAUCAAACAAGAACUCAACAACCCAUACCUUCUAGCCUCAUGGGACCCAAAAACAGAUUACUGUGACUGGUACUGUGUCGAGUGCGACAUCAAAUUUCACCGUAUCACCGCCCUAAUCAUGCAAUCCUCCGUCCCAGACACAAAUCUCUCCGGCCACCUCCUCCCAAUCCACCGUAACAGCUCAAUCUCAUAUCACCUUACAAAAUCUGUUCAAUCAUCAUCGCCGCAUCACCUAACUUCCAUCCAUUCCGCGGUUUCCAACAGUAACUCACUAUAUAACGCUCCUUCCUAUAAUGGAUCUGCCCCUUCUGCUACUUCACAACCACUUGCAGAUUUGGCAUUUUCAAAUACAAGUGCAACUGGUCAAGCUCCAGCAUCUAUCAUGGCAAUUGAUGAUCUGUUUGGUUUAGAUUUUUCAGUUGGGACUCCAACCACACUGCCACCUUCCCCAUUGACCCUCAACCCAAAAGUUGUACUGGAUCCUGGCACAUUUCACCUUGUCCAAAUUUGGUUUGCCCUGAAACUUAAUGAUGGUGCUGUUGAAUAUGAAGAUGGUACCCCUGCUACAGAAGCUCAGAUGGGGAAAGAUGUCGUGUCAUUUUUGUCUUGGGUUGUAGAACCUGAGAUGGAAGAAAGAAAACUGAUGGGAUUUAAAUGGAUAUUUGUACUUUCAUUGGCAUUACUUCAAGCUGCAUAUUAUCGCCGUCGUCGAUGGUCUGUUCUCAAGUCCCGCAAGUUGGUUCUUGAUGUUGUCAACUAG